AUGGAUGCGAAUUCCCAUCGAAAGCGUGGAAUUUGCCUUACUGAUAAGGCGAGCGGUAACAAAGUGUCAUUCUCCUUCGUUGGAUGUGUAGGUAGGGAGAGGACGGGCACGGGGACGGGGACUGUUGCACAAAAAUUGCGAGGCGCGUCGGUCCUGUCGAUCAACGUCACAGUUGCACACUCGCACACACACACACACGCUAUCAGUCCAGGAUAUGCUCGCCUUAUCAACUCGUUGAUGAUAAAACUCCGCCGACAGCUCUAUGGAAGGAGAAGAGGAGAUGGAUGGACAGAUUCUGCUGCUUCUGCUGCUGCUUCGGCAGCAGAAGUGCUCCCUCCUCCUCUGAAUAUCGCUAACGUCAGCGAACAGCAGCAGCAGCAGUAG